AUGGCCAAGAAGGGUACGGAGAAGGUAACUUGGAUGAAAUUGAAGACAGAACCUCUCAGCUCCGAAAAGAAUUUCACAAAAGUCUGGAAGGCUCUUUUCAGCUUAUCUCAAGUAAGAGACAUAAAGUUCGAUGAAGAGUCCAACACGGUCACAAUCAAAGUGGUUUGCUGUAGUCCUGAGAAAGUCAUGGACAAACUCUGUUCCAAAGGACGUGGAGCCAUUAAGCUCAUCGAGACCAUCGACCCACCCAAACCUCCGGCCGAAAAGCCCAAAGAGCCUGAGAAGCCCAAAGAAGCUGAAAAACCUAAAGGACCAGAAAAACCUAAAGAACCAGAGAAGGCCGCACCAGCCGGUCCAAGUUCCCAAUCAGUAAUGGUAACACAUCCGUUUAAUGGGCCUAACUACGAAUGGGUUCAACCCAAUGGGUAUUAUGAAAGGCCCAUUUACGAUAGCUACAGUAGCCAACCUCCUCCAUUCCCAUACCCAUACGGUGGCAGAUCACAUUACGGUAGCGAAGAGACUCCGUCGUGCCAUUUGAUGUGA